AGUCCCAAAGAUCUCCAAUACUACACUCGAUCUACUAGAUCUCCAGCUUCUUGUGAGCCUCAUUGAGCCUUUACCAUACUCUUUACACACUACCAAGCCCUACCAACGCCACUAAGCUCGUCAACAAUGGCCUACAUCCUUACUCCACGCUUUGCUCAAGCCUACCAGGCUUCGCAGUGCAACCCAUUUGGUUUCUGCGCCCCAACGUCACAACCCACGCACGGCUACCGCACCGUUGAGCGCCUGCAGCCUGAGUCUCGUCCCUCGCCAUUCGCCAGCUUCUUCAGUCAGCUCGACGAUCUGGUCAGCGAGAUCGACCGCGAGUCGCAGCGCCAGGCACAGAUCGAAGCACAGCGCAAAGCACAACGCGCAGCACAGAUUGAGGCUCAGCGUGAAGCAUACCAAGCACACGUCGAGGCCCAGCGAGCAGCUUACCGCCAGCGCCAAGCGCAGAUCGAGGCACACAUCGCCGCUCAGCGAGAGGCACAUCGCCAGCGACAGCUCCGCAAGCGUGCUUUGAGGGCACAGUUCGCUGUUACCCAGAACGAGCAGGGAUGGCAGAUCGAUGCUGAGGCUCCCGGCUUCGAGCAGGACAACAUCAGCAUUGAGGUCACAGACGAGAAUACCCUGAAGAUUGCCGGCAACACCAAGUGGGGCGCAAAGCCGCAGGUCGAAGCCCAGCCAGAGGAUGAGGCCACACCUGCAAUCGAGCAGCCCGCUGAGGUGACCAUCGAGCAGACCACCGAAGAGUCAGCAGACGAGAAGAUGGAAAGCAUUACUCUCGAGCCCUCUGCUGAGAUCGCCGCCGAGGCUACCGAGACCGGGUCCUUCCGCCCCGCCACGCCCGACAGCGACACAUCCUCACACAAGUCCUACCAGGCAACCGUUGAAGACGACUUCGAAGACCUCGGCCCCGAAGCGUCGACACUCUUCUCCACACCCUCCACACCUGCUACACCCUCUGAGCCCAAGGGGAAGGAGAAGGCUGUCGAGUCCGUCGAACACCACGAGAAUGUCGAGGACCCCGAGGUCUCCGUUCCUGAGACAGCAGUCACACAGCAGCCUCAGCCCGAAGUUCCAGCUCAGCAGCAGCAAGAAGCUGAGGAGCGCCCUCACGGCUCUUUCGAGCGCACGUUCAGGUUCCCUGAGCGCAUCGAUGCGAGCAAUGUCCGCGCAAGCAUGAAGGAGGGUGUGCUCAGUAUCACUGUGCCGAGGGCGCAGGCUCAGCAAGUCAGGAGGAUUGCUAUCUUGUAGGAUGGUUCCAGGAUGAAGGGUGAAAGGGCAAGGGAAGCAUAAGCAUGGAAAGGAGUUAUACAGCAUAGAUAGGAGACGAUGGCUUUGACAUUAGUAAUGAAUAGUAAUGAAAUGAUAUC